CAUCUGUUGCAGUUGAUAAUGCAGAUGCAAUGAGAGUAGCCAUGCAAACUCCUCUGUGCUUCUUGGUUCUGUCCCUUUCUGCAGUCGCUUAUACAGCAGAGCGACCACGUCGACGGGCUAGUUACGACAGUAUUGGAUACGGAGGAGGAUAUGGUGGUGGCGAAGGUUAUGGCGAGGGCGAAGGCCUAAGCCUUGGAGGUGGAAUCGGAAGUGCUCUUGGAUUAGGUCUAGGUCUAGCUAGAGGCCUCACAGCUGGCCUUGAAGCGAUUCAUCAUGGAACAAAGGGUAUAGGCGACGACCACAGCGGUGGACUAGGCGGUGGAGCGGGUUUUGGACUUGGCGGUGGACAAGGUAAUGGACAUGGAGGAGGCCAAGGUGGUGGAAUGGGUGGCGGAUUUGGUGGUGGAUUUGGUGGUGGACACGGCAGUGAACAAGGUGGUGGGGAUGGAGGAGGCUUAGGUGGUGGAAUUGGCGGUGGACACAGCAAUGAACAAGGAGGUGGACAUGAAGGAGGCCUAAGUGGUGGAAUGGGAGGUGGUCUAGGAGGUGGACAUGGAGAAGGCCUAGGUGGAGGUCUAGGUGGAGGCUUAGGUGGUGGCCUGGGAGGCGGAUUAGGUGUUGGAAUUGGCGGUGGACACGGCAAUGGACAAGGAGGUGGACAUGGAGGAGGCCUAGGUGGUGGCCUGGGAGGCGGAUUAGGUGUUGGAAUUGGCGGUGGACACGGCAAUGGACAUGGAGGAGGCCUAGGUGGUGGAAUGGGAAGUGGUCAAGGAGGUGGACAUGGAGAAGGCCUAGGUGGAGGCCUAGGAGGUGGUAUGGGAGGCGGAUUAGGUGUCGGAAUUGGCGGUGGACACGGGAGUGGACAAGGAGGUGGACAUGGAGGAGGCCUAGGUGGUGGAAUGGGAAGUGGUCAAGGAGGUGGACAUGGAGGAGGCCUGGGUGGUGGAAUGGGAGGUGGUUCUGGAGGUGGACAUGGAGAAGGCCUAGGAGGUGGUAUGGGAGGUGGAUUAGGUGUCGGAAUUGGCGGUGGACACGGGAGUGGACAAGGUGGUGGACAUGGAGGAGGCCUAGGUGGAGGCUUAGGUGGUGGCCUGGGAGGCGGAUUAGGUAUUGGAAUUGGCGGUGGACACGGCAAUGGACAAGGAGGUGGACAUGGAGGAGGCCUAGGUGGUGGAAUGGGAGGCGGAUUAGGUGUUGGAAUUGGCGGUGGACAAGGCAAUGGACAAGGAGGUGGACAGGGUAGUGGCUUUGGUGGUGGUGUUGGAGGCGGAGUUGGGGGUGGAUAUGGUGGAGGCCUCGGUGAUAGUAUUGGCGGCGGCUUAGGGGGCGGGCUUGGUAUAGGACUGGGUAGAGGACGAGGUGGUGGACUAGGUGGUGGACUAGGUGGUGGACUAGGUGGUGGACUAGGUGGUGGACUAGGUGGUGGACUUGGUAGGCGACUAGGUGGGGGACAUGGUACAAAACAUAAUGUUGCGAUAUACCACAAAGAAGACAUCAGUGGUGAAUGUGAAGAAAGUCACGAGGGACACAUCAUAUUCCAUGAUGGAAAUGAACCUGAGGAUAGUAGGGAAGGGUACGAAGAUAGUCAUGAAAGAUUACCUUCAGCUUACGUCCAUUCCGCGGCUUCAGCCAAAGUAGACACACAUUUCUACUAAUAGGAAGGGGACCUCUAAUAAAAGAAUAUAAUGUGUAAUAUAAGUAUAUAGUCUGCGUCAUAAUUUAUGUAUUUUAAAUAU